AUGUUAUAUAUUUUUGAUAAAGCAAUUUCAAAUUCUAAUAGUAUUUUAUAUUCAUUAACUAUUUUAUAUGGUAUUAAUAAAUUUCAAUCAAAAAGAAUUUGUAAAAAUAUUGGAAUUAAUCCUCAAACAACUAUUAAUAAAUUAAAAAAAAAUCAAUUAAACCGUUUAAUAAAUUAUAUAAAUAAAAAUAUAAAAAUUGAACAAUUAUUAAAAAAAAUUAAAAAAGAUAAUUUUAAUAAUUUAUUAAAUAUUAAAACUAAUAGAGGUAUUAGACAUAAUUUAGGAUUACCUGUACGUGGACAACGUACACAUACUAAUGCUAAAACUUCUAAAAAAUUAAAAAAUACUAUUUAA